AUGUCCGCACACCUCUACAGUGACUCGAAAACAUUCGUUGAUAAGCCGAUAAAGGAAGGUCGAAAUGGCAGCGAAUUGCUGAAGGAUUUCGAAGUUAUGUUCCCACAACCAGUUGACGAAAUCUCACGAGAAGAACUACGGCUAUUCAUUGAUGAGAACUUCGAUGAGGAAGGCCACGAACUCCAGAGCUGUCAGCUUACUGACUGGUCCAAGGAUCCGCCGAGAUUCAAUGUAAUCCGGGACAGCACGUUGCGAGAAUUCGCUGACAAACUGAACAGUAUUUGGAAAAAUCUCUGUCGAGAAGUAAAGCCGAUUGUGAACCAAUCACCACAGCGAUUCUCUCUCAUCUACGUGCCUCAUCCAUUUAUCAUACCCGGAGGAAGAUUUCGAGAAUUCUAUUACUGGGAUGCUUAUUGGAUCCUGAAAGGUCUACUAGCAUCUGGAAUGACUGAUAUAGCUAAAAGUAUGAUAUUGAACUUCGCCUACAUGAUCAACACCUAUGGUUUCGUUCCAAACGGUGGUCGAAUAUACUAUCUGCGACGAUCUCAACCACCAAUGUUCGCACCGAUGGUCUACGAAUACUAUCACGCAACCAGAAACAAGCAAAUUGUUAGAGAUAUGCUUCCCCUAAUCGAGAAAGAGUUCCACUUCUGGCAGACGAAUCGCUCGGUGUCCAUCGAAGUAAACGGCGAAACUUUCGAGAUGUACCAAUAUAGAACACCCUCUACUGUACCGAGGCCGGAGUCAUAUCGAGAAGACUACCUUGCUGCGCAAAACAUUAAAGACAAGAAUGAUAAGCGUAAAUUUCACCAAAACAUUGCAAGCGCUGCUGAGUCAGGCUGGGAUUUUUCGAUUCGAUGGUUUGCUGAUAAGCAUUCCCUCACAUCCAUCCAAACUACAGAUAUUCUUCCCGUCGAUUUGAACGCAUUCAUUUGUUAUAAUAUACAUAUUCUCGGCAGUUUGCAUGGAGAAGUUGGGAAUCACAAGAAAAGCUCGGUGUGGAUUGCGAAUUACAUCAAAUUUCGUGAUCAAUUCGAAAAAACUUUCUACGUUGACGAUGCAAAAGGAUGGUACGACUACAACUUCAAAACUCGAAGACACAAUACUGAAUUCUACGCUUCAAUCGCUGUUCCGCUCUUCACACAAUGCUAUGAACCACUAAGUUUAGCCAAAAGCAACGAUUUAUAUGCGAAAAUGGAAGAGAUGGGCGUGUUCACGUACAAAGCGGGAAUACCAACGAGUUUACAAACGCAAAGCACUCAACAGUGGGACUUUCCCAAUGGAUGGAGCCCUCUUAAUCAUAUGAUUAUAGAAGGUCUUCGAAAAUCCGGCGAUCCUCGGAUGCAGCAAAAAGCAUUCAUUCUAGCAAAAAAAUGGGUAUUAGCAAACUUGCAAGUGUUCCAAGCCGACAAGGCAAUGUGGGAAAAAUACGACGUAGUGUCGUCCCAACCAAGGCUAGGCAGAGGCGGAGAAUAUGAUGUGCAGGUCAGUUAG